GGAAGCUAGCCAGCGCAACCAUGCAAAACACACCUCCUCCAACUCCAUUCCCCAACAAGCAAGUUUCACAGGACGCCGUGUUGAACUUCAUUCGUUCCAACCGUCAUCAGCUCCCCGACAAUGGCUUCCACGGUGACGCUGGAGAAGACGACCACCAUCCUGAGUGAUGACGCAGGUGCUGUCGGAUCGCCCAAGACCACCAUGAGGUCUCGUCUCCUGAUGAAGAAGGGGGCAGCAGGUGGCGCCAAGGCCAAGGGGAGGUGCUGCGGGCACAGGUGCGAGCUCGUCAGCUACGACAAGCUGCCGGAGUUCCUCAAGCACAACGAGUUCAUCGUCCACCACUACCGCAGCGAGUGGCCCAUCAAGGAGGCGCUGCUCAGCGCCUUCUCCAUCCACAACGAGACCAUCAACGUCUGGACGCAUUUGAUCGGCUUCUUCGUCUUCCUCGCGUUCGCCGUGUGCGCCGCCACGGUGGUCCCGGCGGAGUACGAGUCGCCUCACAUGGCGACGACAGGCCUGGGCAACAUCACCGGCAACGCAGUGGUGCUGAGGAGCUACUACAGCGCCGACGGAGCGAUCUUGGCAAGUACAAUGAAGGCGUUCCGCAACGUGUCCGUCGUCGAAACCGAGACCGCCACCGCCGCCGCCGUUCUGUCAGCGGCGGGCGGCCGGGUGGCGCGGUGGCCGUUCUACGCGUACCUGUGCGGCGCCAUGUUCUGCCUGCUGAUGAGCAGCGCGUGCCACCUGCUGGCGUGCCACUCGGAGCACGCCAGCUACGUGUUCCUCCGCCUCGACUACGCGGGCAUCACGGGGCUCAUCGUCACCUCCUUCUACCCGCUCGUCUACUACACUUUCCUCUGCAACCCAUUCUACCAGGCGGUCUACCUCGGCUUCAUCACCGUCUCCGGCGCCGCCGCCGUGGCAGUCUCCCUGCUGCCCGUCUUCGAGAGGCCCGAGCUGCGGUGGGCGCGGGCGGCACUGUUCGCGUGCAUGGGCAUGUCGGGCCUGGUGCCCAUCCUGCACAAGUUGCUCGUCUUCGGGGACCGCCCGGAGGCCCUGCUCACCACGGGGUACGAGAUGGCCAUGGGCGCCUUCUACCUGGCCGGCGUCGUGGUGUACGCCACCAGGGUCCCCGAGCGCUGGAUGCCGGGGCGGUUCGACCUCGCGGGACACAGCCACCAGCUCUUCCACGUGCUCGUCAUCGCCGGCGCCUACGCGCACUACCUCGCCGGACUCGUCUACCUCGGCUGGAGGGACAUGGAAGGGUGCUGACUGCUGAUCAGGCCUAAGGGCCUGACGGCGACAAGCCAAGCUGUAGAAAUUUGACCGCCUUUACUCUCUGUUGACCCCUUUUUUUCAUUGGUGUGUGUUGGAUAGUAUUUCUUGGUUUUAUCUCUCUCUCUCUCUCUCUUUUGUAGCACAAGUGAACAUACAUGUAACAAUUCAAAAGAAGGCCUGUAAUAACCAGAUCAAUUGGAGAUGAAUAAACGCGA